CGAAACGCCGGUCAAAGCCGGCGAAGGGAUAACUUGAAAGGGCCAUUUGGCUGACAGUCUGGAUUGUUACAGGUCCCCGGUCACUGGACCUGGAUGGCGAUGCUGGAACCACCGGAGGUGAUGAUGCGUUCAUGUCCAAACACUUCCAUACCUAGGCUCUUCAAGGGACUAAUCUUGAGCUUGGAACUGACUGUAACUUUGACGAAGGGAGCGUGCAUAACAGUCCAGAUCGAAGUGGGACAAGUUGUCACCACGAAAACGGACGAUGAAAGCGCAGGGCGGCAGGAGGGCGUUGAAGUCAGUCGAUUCAACAAGAUGUGGAUGUGUAACAUCUACUCUGGAACUGUCAAUAGCUCGCCGUCCAGAUACACAGCUUUGCAGAUUUGGACCAUGACCGCAUCUCCCUCGAUGAACAAUCACUACCUAAUAUGGAUGAUAUGCUCGAUCAUUGCUGCUCUCCUCGCUGUCACUUCGGAUACACUCAGCGGCAAAUGGAACAGAGUGUCCCUCCGCACAAAUGACAACAACCAGCAUGACACUGGAGUUCCUAGCCGGGGAAUGGGGAAAGGUAUUACCCAUCACAGAGAGGAGGUAGACCGCCAGAGAUUUGGUCAGAUCAACUCGUCAAGUCCCUCUUGGAGAGCAGGAAGUGCUGUUUCGAUGCACAGGCAUUGAUGGCUGACGUCAUCUAGUCUGUUCCCAUGCCAAUGACACGCGAGUGUCAACGGUGAGGCUAUUCCCAAUUACCGACACCACUUGCCGAAGCUGCGGCUCUUUGGAUCCGAAAAGUCAAAAGGUUAUUUGGACGCGUGGACGCUCUGGGGUACCAUAGCAAGAUCUGGGGAAAUUGGGAAAUGCUACGUUGUGACGCGUCACUUGACGAGGGCAAAUAUUUACCCGCCAUCUGUGCGUGUGUCUUGUUUUGCCGAAUGUGCCUCAAGACUCUCGUUCCCUUGCACGACGAUCGCUUGCACGAGGGCAACAUCGCUUAGAUUUUUGCUCUUGUACGGCCACUUCGAUUAGGCCUUUAUGCGCACGGCCUU